AUGUUCAUCAUCGCCCAGCGGAAGAAACCGAGACGGACAGCGGAAAGGACAGAAUGCAGUGGUGGAAAACGAAGGUUAGGAAGCACGAUGGCCGACGAAUGGGCAGCGCAAAUGUUCGCCAACUUCAUGGGCGCCCCCUUCCAAGAGCUCACCAAGGAUUUCCAGAAAUUUGAAACGCUGUUCCUGAGGCCCUACUUUCGACAACUCCCCUUCGAUGCCCAGCUGACGAUGGGCCAGGGCUGCGGCGAGGUCGAGAACACGUCCGACGCGUUCAAGAUGAAAAUCGACGUCUCGCAGUUCAUGCCGCAGGAUUUGGAGGUGAAACUGCACGGCUCGCAAGUGAUCGUCGCCGGCACGCAGGAGGAGAAGCCCGAUCAAUACGGGACAAUUCAGAGGUCGUUUGUCCGAAAAAUCGACCUGCCCUCCGGUGUGCAUAUUGAUGGGCUACGGACGUAUAUUGAUGGAGAUGGCGUGUUGUCGCUCGAAGUGCCGAAACGAGCCCAACUCCCACCCGGCGACGGCCGCAAGAUCCCGAUCGAGCUGACGCGAGAC